CGUCGUCGUACGUACGUACGUACAAACUAUCCACUGCAUCCCGGUGCUGUUAUUUCAUGAGUUCAGGUCAAAGGGCGUUACAGUACUAAAAUAUGUCGGGUCCUGGAAAGAAAAUGUCGGUCUCUAAGAAUGUAGGCAACGAUGAAGAACGUUGUACUAAAUGUCAAGUAAUAAUGAUAUCACGUGCGCAUCACACGUGCGUUACGUGGAAUACCAAACGGUUAAAUCGAAAGAAAUUAUAUAAACACAGUGGUUCCUGUAAGGACUUUGAAUUGGUAUCACCAUCUGAACCAGAACCGAGAUCUAAAUCGAUGCAAACCUUGGAUAUAGGAAUAAGCUUUGGUAAAUCCGUCGGUACGCAGACGGAAGUGACUAUGCCGUCCACAUCUGAGAAAACCACGCAAACAGAAACGAGUUUUGAUCUAAAUGAGAGCAUGAGUUGCGAAGAACUAGUUCAAAUUUUAUUUGACAAGAUGGUACAACACCGAUUGUUGUUAACUAAAUUGAAUCAUGCUUGCAAUUAUUUCGCUAAACAAAACAAUCCUUUUUUGUAAAUUACGUAUAAUUUCAUCUUCCAUCAUGAUUACACUUUUAUUAUAAUAUACUAAAGAAUUAAAUAAUUGCUUUUAAGUUUUUGACUAAAUAGGUACCCGUUGAUACUGUCCCGUUCAAGUCCAAGCGCUUGAUUAAAAUUUUGUAAGCCUUUGAAAUUGAAUUUUUAGUUUGAUUGACAUUGUUAUACAUACAUAUAACAAAUCAAUUUUUGUGGAUCUUAGAAAGAUGUGCGAUUAACAAUUUAUGUUACUACAAAUACUAUUGAU